AUGGUGAAGUUUUGGGAAAUCGAGGACGUUCGUCUGGGUUCAACUUUGUCGGUGGCAGAAGCUGCUGUUGAGCAGCUUCCCGACGAAUUGUUGCAUCAAAGGCAGCAUUUUUUAGAAGAGCUACCGGCAAUCAAUCAAAAACAAAAGCAACGUUUUGUAGUUCUCAGUAAUACGACAUGGAUUGAAUUACAUGGAUUUUCUGAUGCCUCCAUGCGGGCAUAUGGAUCUGUGGUGUACAUCCGAAGCAUAACUGCAGAAGGCACAAUCGAAGUUAAUCUGGUCGCUAGUAAAUCAAGGGUAGCCCCAUUGAAACCGGUGACCAUUCCCCGUUUAGAGUUUUGCGGUGCUAAAUUGUUAGCUGAGUUGGUUCAAAUGAAGUCACCUCUGGCGUUGAAUCAGUUCGUCGCCAACCGGGUGACAGCGGUGCUGGAACUAAGUCCUGGUUACACUUGGAAUUAUAUCAGGUCGGAAGAAAAUCCUGCAGAUGCCAUCUCGAGAGGUAAAAUGCAAAUCGACCUGGUGAACAAAAAAUUGAGGUGGAAUUGCCUAUCUAUGCUGUGGAAGCAGGCGUUUAAAACAGAUGAGCCAGAAGAAUUGGAGGAAUCAGUCCUGUCUGACAUCAGGCAAGCAAGGGUGUUGGCGGCUGUGAGAAGUGAACCGCCAAUGCAAUUCAACAGAGUGAGUGAUUACAGGAAGCUUCAAAGGGCUUGGGCCUACGUGAUGAGGUUUAUUGACAUGAAGAAAGAAAAAGAUGUGAUUAGUGUUAUCAAGAGUGUUACGGCAGAAGAAAUGAUGAAGGCCGAAAAGGUUAUUGUCAGGCUGAUUCAGCAAGAAACGUUUAGUGAUCAUCUGAAGUUGCUACGGUCAAGGUCAGGCAAGCGACACAAUCUGUUGAGUUUGGCUCCAUUCGUAGGAGAAGAUCACCUUAUUGGUGUUGGAGGUCGUCUGAAGUAUUCUGCAAUUCCAUACGAUGGAAAGCAUCAGAUGCUACUCCCAGAGAAACAUUACGUCGCGGAAAUUUUGAUUCGGAAAUUGCAUGAGGAGCAUCAUCCCGUCGGUCAAGGUGGGCUGCUGGCUUUUGUGCUAGAGCGGUACUGGCCAGUGAAAGCAUCAAAAAACACUGUCAUCGUCAUCAUCGCCAUCACCGUCAUCAACGUGAUUAUCGUCCAUCGGGUUCAUGUCCUUUCGCAGCAUGCACUAGGAACGAAAGCGGUAUGCAGCAACAACUGGGAGUGA